AUGGCCUCCAGCCUCACCAUGUUCGUGGGCAACUUGGUGUUGGCGGAGAUCAGCGAGCAUCGGGCCGUCAAGGGCGACGUCAACAGGCUCAAGAAGAACUACGAGCGGGUGGCGCUGAUGAUGGAGUCGGCGGAGCGCAAGGUGAUGCUGGACGACGAGGUGGGCAGGUACUGGCUCAAGCGGGUCAAGGACCACAUGUACCAGGUCGAGAACGUCGUCGACCAAUGGAUCAUCAAGAACGACAAGCCCAGGGGAUCUCUCAGAAGGACGAUUAGCUGUGGUGAUCAUUCUGGUCUCAUAAAAGUUGCUGCCGCCAUAAAGGAGUUGAAUGUGGAUUUUGAGAGCAUACUGAAGCUUCCAGUUGAGACCAAGACAAACCAGCACGCAAUUCGAUCAUAUGGAAAGACAGCACCUGACUGCAAUGCUGAUAUUAUUGGUGACUAUGUUGACAGCGAUGCUAGUGAUAUAAUUGAGUUAUUACAUAGUUCCAAGAAAAGAUGUCGUCUUAUUGCGAUAGUUGGAAUGGUUGGAAUUGGCAAGACUACUCUUGCUCGGAGGAUAUAUCACAGAGUCAAGGUUGGUGAUGGUAACACUCAUCACUUUGAGAAAAAAUUAUGGAUACGUUUCUCCAUUGAUUUGAGUUCACUAAUAAUGUGGUCAGAUCGUCGUAAGGAAGGACCAACUAAAGCUCAACUACAGAACCUGGGGGCUGAAAUAGCUAAUAAGAAAUUCUUGCUAGUAGUUGAUUCUAUCUGGACAGAAAAUGUUUGGGAGGCGUUGUUGGAGGGUCCUCUGCAGCAGGGCAACAGUGAAAGCAGUAGAGUGAUAGUAAUUACCAGAAAUAAGCAUAUUGCUAAAAGAAUCGGGGCUGGUCAUAUCCAUUAUGUCAAAAGGAUGAACAACAUUGAUGCUUUGAGCUUGCUGUUUCGAAGAGCUUCGAUUAGUGAGAAUGACGAAGCAGACUUAAAGGACAUUGGGCAACAGAUAGUCAAGAAAUGUGAUGUCUUUCCUGAAAAUUUCUUCAUCGAGAAACAGUACAUUAUACAACAAUGGAUCUCUGAGGGCUUCAUUGUGGAGAAGAGAAAACUCACCAUGGAAGAGGUUGCGGAGUAUUAUUUUGAUGAGUUGAUUGGAAGAGGUCUCCUCCAUCUUGAGUUUGGGAAUGCUGGUGCCAUAGGAGCGAAGAUGCCUAUCAUGAUCCGCUCCUUUGCGAAGGAUGUGUCUGAUUAUGAAAACUUCUGCAAUGAAUCAGUUUCUAUAACAAAUCUUUUUGAAGUACGACGACUAUCAAUAGUUGAAAACAAUGAGUUUAAGGAUCACAAUGAUGAUGGCAAUGAAAAUGAAAAUGGUGACAGUGGUGAGAUCAUAGGAGCAGAAGAAAAUAUCAAUGACAACACGGCAAAUAAUAACCACAGAAAUAAUAAUGAAGCCAGAAGAGAGGCAAACACUGGAGAAAGCGUAUCGCUGCAUGGACUAAGAAGGAUGAAGUACCUGAGGACACUAGUACUUCAUAAGAGCACAAUACCAGAUGGCAUUCAAGUGGACAUGUUCAAACAACUAAAUCUUUUAAGAGUGCUUGACCUACGUGAAGUGCAAGGUAUUAGGGCUCUACCUAUUUCUAUAGGAAGCCUAGAGCAUCUUCGAUACUUGAAUAUUUCUGAAACAAAUAUAAGAAAAGUCCCUAGGAGCAUAGUAUACCUAAGGAUGCUCCAGUAUUUGCUCCUCAGGAACUGCUCAGAAAUACAGACACUUCCAAAGGGCAUAAGGCAGCUAAGAUAUUUGAGGUGCCUUGACAUUUCUGGUACUGGUAUCAAGGAUAUAAACUGGAGCUUUUCUGGCAUGGAAGAGCUUAUCUCUAUGCAAGGCUUCCCCAUAGGAGAUAAUAUUGGUUCGCUACAGUCACUGGAUCUUAAAUUUCCGAAGAAACUUGAUAUUCUUCGUAUUGAUGGGCUAGAGGAAAUACUGGAACCUCCACCUGAAAAUAAAUGGCCAAUUAAAAAGUAUCAGCUCAAGGAGCUUGAGCUAUGUUACAUUAAUGUUGACCCUCCAUUGGUGCCAGACGACACAAUAGACAAAAGAAGGCAAGUUCUCGACAGAUUUGUCCCUCACAAACGCCUAGUGCAUCUCAAAAUUCAGAACUACUAUGGGAAGCAGUACCCUUCAUGGAUAUUGACGCUCUCAAACCUCCAUGGACUCCACCUCCAAAACUGUGUAUGGUGCAAGAAACUCCCUUCAUUGGGAGAGCUGCCACAGCUCAAGUUUCUAGCUGUGACAGGCUUUGACAAUUUAUGCUCACUUGGAAUGGAGUUUAGGGGUGAUCUGCAGGGCAAGGUAGCAUUUCGCAGGCUCCAGCAGCUUUUCAUUGGUGACAUGAAAGCUCUGCAUACAUGGUCUGAUCUACAGAGCCACGAUCUGCCGCAACUUCAGAUACUCAGGUUAUUGGGAUGCAUAAAUUUGGUAGUCAUUCCUCUCAUUCUUCAAGAGUCAACAACACUAAUGAGGUUGGAGGUUGAUACCAGAACUAAGACUAUGAUCGAGGAUAAGCUCCAAGGCUUCACAAAGGGUAAAGUAGUCAAUAUGGAUGACACAUGGGAACUACAACAAGACAGAAUUGUUAUAGCAGAUGUGGCUCCACAAAAUGUGCACCCUCCUCAUCAACAAGAUGAAAUCGUUGAAGCAGCAGACCAACAAAAUGCACACCCCUCCCAGCAAGAUGAAAUUGUUCAAGCAACAGUGGCCCCACAAAAUGCACAACCUCCACAACAAGAAAUUGUUGAAGCGGAAGUUGCCCCACAAAAUACACACCCUCAUGAACAAGACGAAGUUGUUGAAGAGAGAGUGGCCCUACAGAAAAAGAUGCCCAAAAUAUUCCAGCUUGACAUAAUCAAUGUUGUCCUUACCAUCUUUGCUACCACUAUACUUUGCUCCAUUUUGUAUAUACUCUAUGUGCUAAGAUCCUGA